AUGGCCGAGAAUUGGAAGAACUGCUUUGAAGAGGAGCUCAUCUGCCCCAUUUGUCUGCACGUCUUUGUGGAGCCGGUCCAGCUGCCCUGCAAGCACAACUUCUGCCGGGGUUGCAUCGGGGAAGCGUGGGCCAAGGAGUCAGGCUUGGUGCGGUGUCCAGAGUGCAACCAGGCCUACAACCAGAAGCCCAACCUGGAGAAGAACCUGAAGCUCACCAACAUCGUGGAGAAGUUCAACUCCCUCAACCUGGAGAAGCCACCCUCCGUCUUGCACUGCGUCUUUUGCCGCCGGGGACCGCCGCUGCCGGCCCAGAAGAUCUGUUUGAGGUGCGAGGCUCCUUGUUGCCAGUCGCACGUCCAGACCCACCUGCAGCAGCCCUCCACAGCCAGGGGCCAUCUCCUGGUGGAGGCGGACGACGUGCGGGCCUGGAGCUGCCCCCAGCACAACGCCUACCGCCUGUACCACUGUGAGGCCGAGCAGGUGGCUGUCUGCCAGUUCUGCUGCUACUACAGCGGGGCCCACCAGGGACACUCGGUCUGCGACGUGGAGAUCCGCCGCAAUGAGAUCAGGAAGAUGCUGAUGAAGCAGCAGGACCGCCUGGAGGAGCGGGAGCAAGAUAUCGAAGAGCAGCUCUACAAGCUGGAGUCGGACAAGCGGCUGGUGGAGGAGAAGGUGAGCCAGCUGAAGGACGAGGUGCGCCUACAGUAUGAGAAGAUGCACCAGAUCUUGGAUGAAGACUUGCGGAAGACCAUGGAGAUCCUGGACAAGGCCCAAGCCAAGUUCUGCAAUGAGAAUGCAGCCCAGGUCCUCCACCUCAAUGAGCGCAUGCAGGAGGCCAAGAAGCUUCUCAGCUCUGUCCAGGUCAUGUUUGACAAAACCGAGGACAUCAACUUCAUGAAGAACACCAAGUCUGUGAAAAUCUUAAUGGACAGGACCCAGAACUGUACAGGUGGCAGCCUGCCCCCACCCAAAAUUGGCCACCUCAACUCCAAGCUCUUCCUGAAUGAGAUUGCCAAGAAGGAGAAGCAGCUCAGGAAGCUGCUGGAAGGUCCUCUGAGCACCCCUGUCCCCUUCCUGCAGAGCAUCCCCAUGUACCCCUGCACCAUCAGCAACUCCGGCGCGGAGAAGCGCAAGCACUCCACCGCCUUCCCCGAGGGCAGCUUCCUCGAGCCAUCGUCUGGGACUGUGGCAAGCCAGUACAUGAGCCAGGGCGCUUCAGCUGGCGAGGGGCAGUCCGCACAAGCCAUGGUGCCUUGUAGCUCCACGCAGCACAUAGUCGGACUUCCCAGCGGCCCGCAGCCAGUGCACUCGGGCUCUGUCUUCAACCCAUCUCACUACCCCAACACCACCUCAUCUCAGCAGUCUGUGCUCUCCCAGUACGGUGGGCGCAAAAUCCUCGUCUGCUCUGUGGAUAACUGUUACUGUUCCUCCGUGUCCAACCACAGCGGGCACCAGCCCUACCCGCGGUCAGGGCACUUCCCCUGGACGGUCUCCUCACAGGAGUACUCCCACCCGCUGCCACCUGCCCCCGCCGUCCCCCAGUCGCUCCCGGGACUUGCUGUGAGGGAAUGGAUUGACGCAUCCCAGCAGCACGGGCGGCAGGAUUUCUAUAGGGUCUACGGCCAGCCGUCGGCGAAACACUACGUCACCAGUUAA